AUGGUUAAGGAUAAAGUUCAUAUUAACGUUGUGGUUAUUGGUCAUGUUGACUCUGGGAAGUCAACUACUGCUGGUCAUUUGAUCUACAAACUUGGAGGUAUUGAAAAGGAUGUCAUUGAGAGACUUGAGAAAGAAGCUACUGAGAUAAACAAGCCAUCGUUCAAGUAUGCUUGGGUGCUCGACAAGCUCAAGGCCGAGCGUGAAAGAGGUAUCACUAUUGACAUUUCUCUGUCAAAGUUUGAGACUACCAAGUACUACUGCACUCUCAUUGAUGCCCCCGGACACAGGGAUUUCAUUAAGAACAUGAUUACCGGGACGUCCCAAGCUGACUGUGCUGUUCUCGUCAUUGAUUCCACAACUGGUAGUUUUGAAGCUGGUUAUUCUCAGGAAGGUCAGACCUCUGAACAUGCUCUUCUUGCAUUCGUUCUUGGUGUGCGCCAAAUGAUCUGCUGCUGCAACAAGAUGGAUGCCACUACACCCAAAUACUCCAAGGAUAGGUAUGAAGAAAUUGUGAAGGAAUUUUCACCCUUUUUGAUUGAUGUUGGCUAUAACCUAGAUGAAAUUCCAUUUGUUCCCAUCUCUGGUUUUGAGGGAGAUAACAUCAUUGAACGCUCUACUAACCUUGACUGGUAUAAGGGUCCCACCCUUCUUGAAGCUCUUGACCAAAUCAAGGAGCCUAAGAGGCUAUUAGACAAGCCUCUCCGAUUACCACUUCAGGAUGUCUACAAGAUUGGAGGAAUUGGAACUGUGCCUGUGGGACGGGUUGAGAGCGGUGUCUUGAAACCAGGAAUGGCGGUGACUUUUGCCCCAACUGGGCUGAAAACUCUUGUGAAUUCUAUGGAGAUGCACCAUGAAAAGCUCAAUGAGGCCCUUCCUGGUGACAUUGUGGGAUUUAAUGUUCAGCAUGGGUCUGUUAAGGAUCUCCGGCGAGGCUAUGUUGCCUCAGACUCCAAGCAUGACCCAGCCACGGAGGCUGCUAAAUUUACAUCCCGUGUUAUCAUCACGAAUCAAACUGGCCGGAUUCAAAAUGGCUAUACACCUAUUCUGGACUGCCACACCUCCCACGUUCCUGUCAAGUUUGCUAAGCUUGUUACCAAGUUUGACAGGUUUUCUGGUUUGGAAAUCGAGAAGGAGCCCAAAUUCUUGAAGAAUGGUGAUGCUGGUGUUGUUAAGAUGAUUCCCACCAAGUCCAUGGUGGUAGAGGAUUUUUCUACUUAUCCUCCACUUGGCCGUUUUGCUGUCAGAGACAUGCGUCAAACUGUGGCUGUUGGAGUCAUCAUGGUUGUGAAGAAGAAGGAUCCUCAUGCAGAAGGUAAGAUCGCUAAGUAGGCAUUGAAGAAGUGAAUCUUGCAGGAUGAUCUGUCUAGGGAAGUCUAUUGUAUUUAUUUACAAUAAUGGUCUUUGAUCCAUAGUAUGCUAUUUCUA